GUGACCAUGGAGGCCGGCGGUCUCCCCUUGGAGCUGUGGCGCAUGAUCUUAGCCUAUCUGCACCUUCCCGACCUGGGCCGUUGCAGCCUGGUGUGCAGAGCCUGGUAUGACCUGAUCCUCAGUCUCGACAGCACCCGCUGGCGGCAGCUGUGUCUGGGAUGCACCGAAUGCCGCCACCCAAACUGGCCCAACCAGCCCGAUGUGGAGCCUGAGUCUUGGAGGGAGGCCUUCAAGCAACAUUACCUUGCCUCUAAGACAUGGACCAAGAAUGCCCUGGACUUGGAGUCCUCUGUCUGCUUUUCUCUAUUUCGCCGGAGGAGGGAACGCCGUACCCUGAGUGUUGGGCCAGGCCAUGAGUUUGACAGCCUGGGCAGUGCCUUGGCCAUGGCUAGCCUGUAUGACCGAAUUGUGCUAUUCCCAGGUGUGUAUGAAGAGCAAGGUGAAAUCAUCCUGAAGGUACCCGUGGAGAUCGUAGGCCACGGGAAGUUGGGUGAAGUGGCCCUGCUAGCCAGCAUUGAUCAGCACUGCUCCACCACACGCCUGUGCAACCUUGUCUUCAUGCCGGCCUGGUUCUCCCCUUUCAUGUUUAAGACAACAUCGGGUCAUGUCCAAUUUGACAACUGCAACUUUGAGAAUGGGCAUAUCCAGGUCCAUGGCCCAGGCACCUGCCAAGUGAAGUUUUGCACCUUCAAAAACACCCAUGUUUUCCUGCACAAUGUGCCCCUGUGUGUCCUGGAAAACUGUGAAUUUGUGGGCAGUGAAAACAACUCUGUGACUGUGGAGGGCCACCCAUCUGCAGACAAGAACUGGGCCUACAAGUAUCUACUAGGGCUUAUCAAGUCCUCUCCCAGUGUGCUACCCACAGAGGAUUCUGACUCUUUAAUGUCCCUGGACCUGGAGAGCAGGGACCAGGCUUGGAGCCCAAGGACCUGUGACAUUGUCAUUGAAGGCAGCCAAAGCCCUACCAGCCCAGCUUCUACCUCCCCAAAGCCAGGCUCCAAGGCUGGCUCACAGGAGGCAGAGGUGGGCAGUGAUGGGGAAAGGGUGGCCCAGACCCCAGACAGCAGCGAUGGAGGCCUGAGUCCUAGUGGUGAGGAUGAGGACGAGGACCAGCUCACAUACAGACUGUCCUACCAAGUGCAAGGCCCACGCCCUGUACUGGGGGGCUCCUUUCUAGGCCCACCACUUCCAGGAGCAUCCAUUCAGCUGCCCAGUUGCCUAGUGCUGAACUCUCUGCAGCAGGAGCUGCAGAAGGACAAGGAGGCCAUGGCACUGGCCAGCUCCGUGCAGGGCUGCCUCAUCCGCAAGUGCCUCUUCCGGGACGGAAAGGGAGGCGUCUUCGUUUGCUCCUAUGGCCGAGCCAAGAUGGAAGGAAACAUCUUCCGGAACCUGACUUAUGCAGUGCGGUGUAUACAUAACAGCAAGAUCGUCAUGCUCAGGAAUGACAUUCACCGCUGCAGAGCGUCAGGCAUCUUUCUUCGCUUGGAGGGUGGAGGCUUGAUCGCUGGCAACAACAUUUACCACAAUGCGGAGGCAGGAGUAGACAUCCGGAAAAAGUCCAACCCACUCAUACUGUGUAACCAGAUCCACCACGGCCUUCGUUCUGGCAUUGUUGUCCUUGGCAAUGGGAAAGGCGUCAUCCGGAACAAUCAAAUCUUUUCAAAUAAGGAGGCUGGUAUUUAUAUCCUGUACCACGGAAAUCCAGUCGUGAGCGGGAACCACAUUUUUAAGGGCCGUGCAGCUGGCAUAGCAGUGAACGAGAAUGGCAAAGGCCUCAUCACAGAAAAUGUCAUCCGUGAGAAUCAGUGGGGAGGUGUAGACAUCCGUCGAGGAGGAGUCCCCGUCCUCAGGAGCAACCUCAUCUGCUUCGGCUACUCAGAUGGUGUGGUCGUGGGAGACGAAGGCAAAGGACUGAUAGAAGGAAACACCAUCUAUGCUAAUAAGGGCUGUGGUGUGUGGAUGAUGUCGUCCAGCCUGCCCCACGUCACCAGCAACCACGUCAGCUACAAUGGCCUGUAUGGAGUGGCAGUGUUUAGUCAGAAGGAGGGUUCUGGUGAGUUCCCUGGAGGUCACGGGGCCCAGGAGAACUUCAGCGAGGAUGGGGACGCCAUCCUUUGGGAGACAGAGCUGGAGAAGGACGAUGACCCACUGCGCCGGCCUAUCGCCAUAGCUCUCGUGGAGUCCAACAGUAUUAAUCACAACGGAGCCUCAGGACUGUACGUCCAGAGCAGCGAGGCGCUGCACGUCCUCACCAACGUGAUCCAUGCUAACGGAGACAGAGGCAUCACUGUAGCCCAGAGCAGCCAGCUCACCCGCGUGGCCAGCAACAGCAUCUCCUGCAACCGGCAGAGUGGGGUCAAGGUCGAGGCCCAGUGCAAGGUGGAGCUCCGGGGCAAUGGUAUCUAUGACAACAGAGGCCAUGGGAUCAUCACCAAGGGCGACAGCACCGUGGUCAUCGAAAAUGACAUCAUUGGCAACCGGGGCAGUGGGCUGCAGCUGUUGCCCAGGUCCGACACGAAGGUGAUAAAGAACCGGAUCCAUUCAUUCCGGGCCUACGGCAUUGCAGUGCGGGGCCGCGCCAAGGCCCUGGUGCAGGAGAACAUCAUCUUCCAGGGCAAGACCAGCAAGACGAUCUUUCAGCAGAUCUCAAACAACCGAGAAUGUAUCAUGCAAAACAACAAGUUCUUGGUGUUCAAGAAAAAGUCUGAUACGUGGCGCCUGGUGAACCCACCAGCACGGCCUCACCUUGAAAGUUCUCUCCGAGGCCCCUCUACAGCCCACAGUGGACAGAAGGUGACGGCCAUGGCGACAAGGAUCACUGCCCGCGUGGAAGGUGGUUACCACAGCAAUCGUAGCGUCUUCUGCACCAUUCUGUAAGGAAGGGGAGCCGCGGCGUGGGGCGGCUAAGGGCGGUGCAAAGACUCCAGGAGCAACAACCCCAUACCCAAGCUCAGGCUCGGGCUCUGAUGGGUGUUCAGCCGAGCUAGGAGGUCAAGGCAGCAUCGGGAUGAAAGCAGCAGCUGAGGGGCUCCGGGCCUCUCUCAGUCCUCCUACUCACUGCACCCCGGAGAAAACAGGCUUCCGGGCUUCCUGGGGACUAAGAAAAGAAACAGAUUGGUGGGUUUCCUGUCACUCAAGCUCUUAUAGAAGUUAUGAAGAGUUGGGGAAAAACGAUACUAAAGCUUUGGUCAGGUCUCUCUGAA